AUGAAAAAUAGCUCUGGAGAUAACAAAUUGAACUCCAAUGGGUUGAAUGUGCGCAGCGGGUCUAACCCUCAUAUCAACAGUAGCCUCCAAGCGGACUCAAGCUUAUCCUCAGGAGGACUAGUCCCUACGCAUCCUCAGUUGAAUAUCAAUACUUCAAUUAGCAGCAACAGCAGCGGGACUGCAUUUAACAGUGUCGCUGCUAAUACCAGCAGCUACAACGGUCCUCCACGUUGGCAGUACCGUUGUAUUCUUCGACAGAAGGACGUUGACAGCCUUCGAAUCACGCUCCCGGAACCUGAACCAGGCCCUCUGAAUAAUUUGGCUCGACGCGUGGGCAAGCCCCAAUGGAAAACAAUUCUUCAAUCUAUUCAUCCAGCAAUCACACAGCAGGUGGCUUCCAAGUUGAAGAAAGUCCAAACAAACCCAGAAUUCGAAAAAGAGCUUGCCAAAUUCGAUGAGACCAUGCUACGGUUCCAUUACAAGUUUGGGGUCCUCUUGGUCCGCCCUGGACAGACCAAAGAAGAAGAGUGGUUUAGUAAUCAGAUGGGAUCCAGCAAGAGGUUUCAAGGAUUUUUGCAAAGUGGCGCUCUUGGUAGUAAAGUGCUUCUCAAGGGUUUUGAAGGGUUCUCGGCUGGAUUGGAUACACGCAGUGAUAAUGGAAGUUAUUCGUAUUACGAUACCUGGGGCGACGGCUUUGAGGUCAUGUACCAUAUAUCGACCCUCCUCCCUUUUAAAAACGGCGAUCGUCAACAGAUCCAACGCAAGCGACAUAUCGGAAACGAUAUUGUAUGCAUAAUAUUCGUAGAUGGAGAACAGCCCUUUAUACCCAGUGCUAUCAAAUCGCAAUUUCUUCAUAUAUUCGUCGUUAUCCACCCAGUUGCGUUGCCAGAUGGGACUAUAGGAUACAGUGUGGCAAUUGCUUCUGACGAACAAGUGCCAGAAUUUGGACCGCCGCUUCCAGAUCCACCCAUCUUCAAAACAUCUCAAGAAUUAAGAGCUUACUUAUUGUGCAAG